AUGGGCUGCGUUCGCAGAGUCACUGGUGAAGCGCUGAUGAACGAGGAGGAGUUUGCCACGUGGGAGAAGCAAAGCGAAUUGCGGGAAGUUGGCAAGCCUUUCAUCGAUGUGCUUAGACGCGAGUUGGCCAGCCAGCUGAGAGUGCGGAAUUUUAGAAGGCUCGCGCUGGUAUACGGUGAGCGGGUGCUGGCAAGGCAGGACCCAUGGAUGACUGCGGAGCUAGUGGUGGUGGUGCGGCCCUAUGUGAAUGCCCAGACUGGCGCGGGAGAGGGCGAGGUCACGCAGCUCUUGAUGGCAGCCCGAGACGGUGAUGCUGCGAGGCUCGUGGCGCUUUUGGACAGCCCCCAGGACCCCAACAUCAGCGAUGACUCGGGCAAUGCAGCAUUGCAUGUGGCCUCUGAAUGCGGCUAUGCUGAUUUGGUGUUUCCUUUCCAGUCUCUGCUGCUCAAUGCCCAGGCCAACUACAACGGAGAUGCCCCCAUCCACAAGGCGGCGCAUCAGGGCCACAAGGAGGUCUUGCGGAUACUGAUCCCUGGGAAUCAAGUGGUCUUUGGUAUCUUUAUGGGCACAAGGUUGGUGGCCUGCGCGGGCGUGCCUUUGACCAAGGACUUGCCCUUCGGCGGCGACCUCUGGGAUGACGACAUGGACCUCAUCGGCGAAGUGGCUGGUGGAGCGUUUGAGAACCAGGGCCCCCGGCUGGCGCUUAACUCCCAGGAGAUCUUUCAGACAAUACGGUUCCGCGCCGCCGGCAGGGGCACGGAGUACUACAGAGCUGUGGAACAGUGGAAGCUCCAGAUCGCUGCCUUCAUGCCGCAAAGCGAAGCAGCGAUCAUGCAGUACACCUCGCUACAGAGAGAGGAGGAGGCCGAGCAUCUGGACUUGCAGAAGGUCAUCUACCAGAAGAGGAAGCUGCUGGCAGACUUUGAGUCCACUGGCGUGGACGCCAUUUACGAUGGCGACGCCCAGGAUGAGCUGGACUUUGGCGACGCCGCACGGGAUGGAGGUGCAGAAGAUGGGGACGCGGAGGGGGACACAGAGAAUCCAGAAGCAGCAGCCACCAGCAGCCUUGCGGCAAAGGGACGACAGACGACCUACUGGGACCUGCGUGACCUCGCCAUUGCGGCUGACGGCGCCACUGACCGCGACAGCUUCGCGAACCACUUCCUAGGGGAGAUCAUCCUCGACAUCCCUGCGCAUCAGGUUGGCGACAUAUCGCUCUAUGACACGGACAAGCGCAGCCUGGUGAACGUCAAGUCCAUUCAGGAGUACGUAAACCAGAGGAGGACGCGCUGCCGACGCCCUCGCCAGAACAAGCUACUUCGUGAUCAGCUCCAAGAGACGCGUUCUUGGUUGCAGCUUUGCGGCCCUUGGCAACUGCGCCUGCGCUGCGCCACGUAUGCAACCAUCCUGCCAUUGCAUCUGCAAAGCUGGGCUGUUCCCAGCUUAGUGAAGGUCGUCAAUCAGAAAGUGGAUGGGAAGUGCAGAGGAGGGCACAUCGUGGUCAUCGCCAUCAAUGAGCAGAACGUCCAUUGGUGGUGA